AUGUGCUCUCUGGCUUUGUUUCCUCCGCCUUCCUCCGGACAGACCACUCUGUGUGAGUCCAACAACCAGCUGCUGUCAGGGGCCAGCACCCCGGAAGAAGAGCCGCUCAGACAGGGCUUGGUUCCUCUGAGUCUGAAUUUUCCCAGAGAGUCACUGAAGCUCCACAGUCGCACAGAAAGCAGCAGUAAAGCUGCCUUCCUGGACCACUCUGAAACACUGUGGAUGAGGAGUGCAGCAGCGUGGCGGGAUGGUGGCUUCACUGGGCUGCUCAAUGAAAUUACCACCUCUCAUGCAGAGGUGCCCAAGUGGCUGUCAGUGACGUCUGGUUGCAUCCUGGCCUUGCUCCAGUGGGCCUCAUCGUUCCACGGUUCUCUGUUUCCUCACGUCACACUGAGCAGUGAAGACAUGAUCGCUGAGUUUUCACAGGCGUUGAACUGGUCUGACUGUGUGGUGCGAGCCUUCGCCUGGCAUCCUCACACUGAUAAAUUUGCUGUCGCCUUGUUGGAUGACUCCGUCAAGAUCUACAAUCCCAAAAGUGCCAUAACACCCACACUGAAGCACCGUCUGCAGAAGAACGUUGCGGCGAUGCAGUGGAAGCCCCUGUGUGCGUCUGAUCUUGCCGUCGCCUGCCAGAACUGUUUACUGGUGUGGCACGUGGACCCCUGCUCACUGUCCACCAGGCCUUCGUCAGGUUGCGCUCAGGUUUUGUCUCAUCCUGGACACUCUCCGGUCACGUCCAUCGCCUGGUCUCCAAGCGGGUCCCUCCUCUUGUCGGCCUCGCCGAUGGAUACGGCCAUGCUGGUUUGGGAUGUGGCUGCAGAGAGCUGUGUGCCCCUUCAGCGUGUCGGAGGAGGUGGCGUCACCUUCCUGUCCUGGUCACCAGACAGCAGCCACGUCCUGGCUUCCACACCAUCUGCUUUGUUCAGGGUCUGGGAGACCAGGAUGUGGACCUGUGAGCGCUGGCCAUGUAUAAACGGACGCUGCCAGUCCGGCUGCUGGAGUCCAGAUGGAAGUCGGCUUCUUUUCACUGUUCAAGGAGAGACUGUUAUUUACGCUCUGACCUUCACUGGAGCACCAGGCGUACCAACAAGCAAAGGGCUGCAGGCUGCAGCUGUUGUGGCUGACCUGUCAGAGACAACCUUUAAAACACCAGAUGGAGACAUCAUCGUUGGUGGAGAGGUUCAGUCUGUAGCCUGGGAUCCCAGAGGCGAGCGGCUCGCUGUGCUUCUUAAAGGUGAUCCACAAGCAGCAAACCGACCCGCAAUCAUCGCCGUCUUUAAAACGAGAACCAACCCCAUCUUUGAGCUUUUACCCUGUGGGUUUGUUCAAGGGGAGCCGGGCACUGAGCCGAGGUUGAUGCAGUUCCACCCAAAUUUCCGUCAUGGAGCUCUCCUUACUGUGUGUUGGUCCAGCGGAAGAAUCACUCACGUGCCUUUCUACUUCCUGAGCACCUCCCUCCCCCAUGUUGGCCUCAGUGGGAGUCCACUGCCUCACCCACACGACAAGCCUGCUGACAUGUCCAAUCAGACACUGUUUACAGAGCUCCUCUCCUGACUGACCAGCUCCACAACCCCACAUCGUCUUUGUCAUAAAUUGU